AUGUCAUUCCCAUCCAUCUCCCAGGCCGGCUUCUUAGCCGAGACCCUCAGCAAUGGUUCGUACCAUUUUCCUCCCACCCUUCCCCAGACAAGAACACUGACCGGCCGCAGCCAGAUCGUCAUAAAGAGUCCCGUCGUGUCAAACACCCACAUCGAGAUAUACACGAUCAUCUACGACAGGGAACAUCCGGAAGAAGUAGCCCCACUGGUAUACGCGCGGAACCUCUCGAUGAACGGCACGCGCUGGAACGGGUUCUCGAUGGGUUACAAUCGCGAUAGCUUCCUGCUUAGCGACGGUGACGUCCUGAUGCUGCCGUCUGGGGUGCAUAUUCGCUAUCGCUAUGAUGGGGAUAACAUCCCGACGGGUUUCAGAACGUUGCAGCGGGUUGAGGCUUUCGCAGAUAAGUAUACGAUUACGCAGCGUGUGCUGGGCUCCGGUGCCUACGGGAAGGUUUAUAUGGCGUUUAACAAGGAGACCGGGCAGCAGCUGGCGUGUAAGAUUAUUGACCUGCGGAAUGUGAGGGAUAAGCUAGCUGUGCAGGACGGGGAGCAGAUUUCUGGGUUCUUCCAGAAACAUGGACAGCAGAACCCGCAGUCGAAGUGUGGGGUGUUUGCUGCGCGAGAGGUAAGACAGCGAUCGAGAGAUCUGCGGCGGAGGUUGGAGGUCUAUGAUCGGGAGGCCAAGAUUUUGGAGGGUCUUAGCCAUCCGAACAUAAUCAGUAUUGAGAAGGUGAUUCGAUCGAGCAGCACAAUCUAUAUCUUCCAGGAUCUGGUAACAGCGGGAGACUUGUUCUCCUACAUCCAAUACAAGGGCGGACGACUCUGCGACAUCGAAGCGGCAGUCAUAGUUCGACAAGUGCUGAAGGCGCUGGAAUACCUCCACCAGCGGAACAUAGUCCACCGUGACCUGAAGCCAGACAACAUCCUCAUGACUUCCUUGGAGGAAGGAGGAAGAAUUGUACUCACUGACUUUGGAUGCGCUAGGAUUGUGCAACCGCGGGUAGGACGCAUGUCGACUAUGGUCGGUACUGUCGACUACAGCGCCCCGGAGGUAUUCCAAUGCAGCCGACAAGGCUACACCAAAGCCGUAGACAUGUGGUCCCUAGGCGCGGUGACAUUCACCCUCCUCACGGGACACCCACCGUUCAACGCAUCACUCACAGACGUGCAGCUGGCGCUCAGCAAGUCCAUCGAAUCCGACCUAACGUUCAGUCAAACUGGUAACAGGGCCAGAGACUUCAUCUGCAGACUCUUGCUCUUCGACGAGACAGCACGUAUGGACGUCAAGCAGGCGUUAUCGCACUGCUGGUUCACGAACUGCUCUCAUCUAGCCGCUUUCAAAGACGUCUACCAGCGGUCGACUAAAGGCUGGAAGCCACGGACACGGGACGGGCCGCUGAUAGUUGAUCUGGAAACGCCAUCGCCCACACUCUCCGACCUGCUCCUACCACCUGUCUUAAGAAGGGAACCUGACGAGGAGCAAGACCAGCUAUCAAGCGAAACAAGCACAGAGUCGUUCCUUUUUGACGAGACCCCAUACCCACCACAUGGGCAGCAGCCAUCCCAGACACUGUCGGACGUUGAACUCCCUCCACGACGGAUAACUGGAGAUAACUGGAGACAGACAGAUUUCCCUGCAUGA